AUGGCGUGUGUCGGUCAGCAGCAUAUAGACCGGUCCAUGUGGAGGUCUCUGGUGGCUCUCCGGCACCAUCCUGGAGAGGUGAAGGCGGGGGUGGCGCUAACGAUGAAGCUGCUCCGGAUGGAUGACCUGACGAAGAUGGAGAAUAAUGUCAUGGAGCUAAAACCAAAACGGAGCUUCCCAGGUAACAACGGUCCUCUGGACCGGCUGUCAAGCAGCUCCAUGGAGGCCAGGCAGGGCAGGAAGAAGCAGAGUAAAGUUGCGGAGUUGCCACGGCGACGAGACAAGCCACCACCUAUGGACAGAAUUGGAAGAAGUCGUCUACCAACUACUCGAGGAUAGGCCACGC